CGUGUUACCCAAGGAUGUCCAAACCUUUGUCCAGAAAUGGGGUCAAUACCGAACAGCAUGCACGCCAAGACUGGAUAUAUUGCACAUGCAGGACAACACCCCGUCUCGAAACAAGACCUGGACAUCCCGAUCUUUUCACCUCAUCACCCACGACUUUAUUCGAGCAGCUAUCUGAAGGAUCCAGUAAAAUGUUGCAUGGAUGCCAUUUCUGAGCCGCUUUUUCCCAUGUCCAUAAUAUGGGUAGUGCUGUUUCGCACAGCAGCACUAAUGAUUAUUGCGCCUUGUGCCUGGAAUCCUUCGGAAUGACC